AUGUCGGAGGUAAGAGGAUCGAACUCAUGGCGGGACGAGCUAGCGAGUCUGGUGAAUGACUCGGGGAUACGAUAUGCUGCGGCCGAUCCUAUCGAAGUUCCGACGGCGUCGUUUGACGCACAAGCAUCCGAUUUCGGCUCCGGCGAUUUGGAGCAAUCGGAGAGCUUCAAGGAUCAGAUUAAGGGCUUCGCGAUCGCUUGGGGUGAGAUACUUAUGGAUUUGGGGAGAGGUUGUAAGGACAUUGUGGAGCAGAACAUUCUGACUGAGGACUCGUACAUUGUGCGAAAGCUCCGGAAGCCCUGCGCCAAAGCCUCGGCGAAAUUGAGAUACUUGAACGAGUUUUUGCCAGAGGAUCGCGAUCCUGCUCACGCUUGGCCGGUGAUCUUUUUCGUUUCUAUUCUUGCACUUACAGCUAUGAAUUUCAGUACCGAACACGAUAGCUUGGUUCGGUCAGUGAAGAAAGUGCAAAUACAUCCUCCUAGUGCUAGUCAUGUAUUGCUUCCAGAUGGGAGACGAUUGGCUUAUCAUGAGCAAGGUGUCCCAGCUGAGCGCACUCGAUUUUUAUUGAUUGCUCCACAUUCUUUCCUUUCAUCCCGACUUGCAGGUAUUCCGGGAAUUAAGAUAUCAUUGCUUGAAGAGUUUGGUAUCCGCUUGGUCACAUAUGAUCUUCCUGGUUUUGGGGAGAGUGACCCUCAUCCAGGCAGGGAUCUUAACUCAUCAGCAUUGGAUAUGCUGUACUUGGCCAAUGGUAUUGGUUUUGAUGACAAGUUCUGGGUGCUGGGCCACUCAAGUGGAGCAAUGCAUGCUUGGGCUUCUCUCAGAUACAUUCCUGACAGAGUUGCAGGUGCAGCCAUGGUGGCCCCAAUAAUCAAUCCCUAUGAGCCGGGCAUGACUAAGGAAGAGAGGAAGAAAAUUUGGGAACCAUGGGUUCUAAGAAGGAAAGUGAUGUAUUUUUUAGCUCGUAGAUUUCCAAAAUUUCUCUCAUCUUUUUAUCGCCGAAGCUUUCUAUCCGGAAAACAUGACAGGAUUGAUAGGUGGUUGUCUCUUUCACUGGGGAAGAAGGAUGAAAUUCUAAUUGAAGAUCCAAAAAUUGAAGAGUAUCUGCAAAGGGAUGUGGAGGAGUCAAUCCGCCAAGGGAGUAUCAAACCCUUCAUAGAGGAGGCUGUGCUACAAGUCUCAGAGUGGGGUUUUAGUUUGUCAGAUCUUCAAGUGCAGAAACAGUGUCAACAAAGAGGCUUUCUUCGUUUAUUCAGGUCUAUGUACAGUGAGGCAGAAUGCGUGCUGACUGGAUUUCUAGGCCAAAUACACAUAUGGCAGGGAAUGGGUGAUAUGAUAGUCCCACCAACGGUGACCGACUAUAUAGCACGGGUUUUACCUGGAGCUUAUGUGCACAAGCUCCCAAGUGAAGGCCACUUCUCCUACUUGUAUUUCUGUGAUGAAUGCCACAUACAGAUUUUUACUACUCUUUUUGGAAGCCCUCAAGGUCCAGUAGAAAAAAAGGUCGCUACAGAUACAACAUCAUCGGAAGGCAAUUCAGAAGAGAUAUGA